CCAAUAUGAAAUAUAUUACCUCUGAAAACACACAAAAUAUGUUUGAUGGACCCUUCAAAGUCCCAUUACCAAAGAAAACCAAUGCUUUUCUAUCAAAACAAAGCUCAAGAAGAAGCAAACUCCAAGCUCCUAAGCCAAAAUACAGGGGAGUCGAUUCAAAGUACUCUAGUUUCGUAUAUCAGAAACUAUUGGGUAAAUUGCUCCAAAAUCCGGAGACCAUGACCAAAUAUGACAUGAAAGUUCUAUCUACCCAUCCAGUCAUCAGAAGAUUACUAAAGACUUCUAAGGAAGGAAGCUACUCUAAUACUAACUUCUAUGUGCCUAUUGAUUCCCUGCUAAACCCUGAGUUGUACACAAACUCUCAUGUUCCAGUAAUCAUUGAGUCCAACACUGAGGAACAAAAAUCUGAUGUUGAGAAACAGAACUGCGAUUCUGAAAUUUUGGAUGAGGACACUUGUGACGACACAACUCACAGUAAUAGUGACUCUGAUGACUUACAGGAGCCAAAAGUAGGCUUCUAUACUAAAAAGGAGAGACAACAGAAAAUUCUCAGAUAUAGGGCAAAGCUCCAAAAGUAUCGUGACUUCAAGGCCUCGAAGCAAAUCAAACCUAAAAGAAAGUACAAUAGAGUACUAUCUAAAAACCAACCAAGGAAAAAUGGUCGUUUUGCUAGCUAUCCCGACGUCACUGAUAGCAUUUUAGAAAUGAUCCAAACUGGAUCCGAGACUGUUCCAUCUAUUUGUCUUGACCAGAAUACCACUGCCUAUACCAAUAAGGGAGAAAGGGAUCUUAAUGAAAUCGUUUCUGAGAUCACAGGAAUUUUCUAAAUCUCCUAUUAAAGUCUCUUAAACUAUUACUGCGUAUGAAUAUCUCGGCAGGAAAACGUCAUCCGGAUUCUCUCAGGAAUCCGUAUCAUUUCUGACGGAAAUCUACCAGGAUACUUAAAUUUAAUUCUAAUAUAUUCUGUGAAAGUACCUAUUC